ACUUCCAUGCUGCUGCCUGCCUACGUACCGAGAGAAACGAACCAGUGAGCAGCCACCCAGUAGAGGAGGGAGGGCAGAGGAACAGGAAAAAAACGAGUGGAGUGGAGAAAGAGAGGAAGAAGAAGCAGCGUAGUUUAGCCUGAACCCGUCGACAGGAACACAAGUUUUGACUCACGGCGACGCUGACUGAGCCUGUUGUUAGAAACCCUCUGAAAGCAGCUACCAUGUCGGCCGCAGACAAGUUCCUGUACGUGGACCGCAACCCGGUCAACAACCCUCUGGCUCAGGCCGACUGGGCCACCAAGAAGCUGGUAUGGGUUCCCUCGGAGCGCCUGGGCUUCGAGUGCGGCUCCGUAAAGGAGGAGCGCGGCGACGAGUGCGUGGUGGAGCUGGCCGACUCUGCGAAGAAGGUCCGCGUCAACAAGGACGACAUCCAGAAGAUGAACCCGCCCAAGUUCAGCAAGGUGGAGGACAUGGCCGAGCUCACCUGCCUGAACGAGGCGUCGGUGCUGCACAACCUGAAGGAGAGAUACUACUCGGGGCUCAUAUACACAUACUCCGGGCUCUUCUGCGUGGUGAUAAACCCGUACAAGAACCUGCCCAUCUACUCGGAGGAGAUCGUUGACAUGUACAAGGGCAAGAAGAGGCACGAAAUGCCGCCUCACAUCUACGCCAUCACUGACACGGCUUACAGAAGCAUGAUGCAGGAUCGUGAAGACCAGUCCAUUCUUUGCACAGGAGAGUCCGGUGCCGGUAAGACGGAGAACACCAAGAAGGUGAUCCAGUAUCUGGCUCACGUUGCCUCCUCUCACAAGACCAAGAAAGACCAGAACAGCUCGUUCCUGUCACAUGGGGAGCUGGAGAAGCAGCUGCUGCAGGCCAACCCCAUCCUCGAAGCCUUCGGAAACGCCAAGACCGUCAAAAACGACAACUCUUCCCGAUUCGGAAAAUUCAUCAGGAUCAACUUUGAUGUCAAUGGCUACAUCGUUGGAGCCAAUAUUGAAACUUACCUGUUGGAGAAAUCCCGUGCCAUUCGCCAGGCCAAAGACGAGAGGACCUUCCAUCUCUUCUACUACCUCCUCACGGGGGCCGGGGAUAAACUGCGAGAGGAACUCCUCCUUGAGAACUACAACAACUACCGCUUCCUCUCCAACGGGAACGUCACUAUUCCCGGGCAGCAGGACAAGGACCUGUUCACGGAGACUCUGGAUGCCUUCAAGAUCAUGAGCAUCCCCGAGGAUGAGCUGAUCGGCUUGUUGAAGGUGGUCUCCUCUGUGCUGCAGCUCGGGAACAUGAGCUUCAAGAAGGAGCGCCACACAGACCAGGCCUCCAUGCCAGACAACACCGCUGCCCAGAAGGUGAGCCACCUGAUGGGCAUGAACGUGACCGACUUCACCCGGGCCAUCCUGUCCCCGAGGAUCAAGGUGGGCCGAGACUACGUGCAGAAAGCUCAGACUCAGGAGCAGGCGGAGUUCGCCGUGGAGGCUUUAGCUAAAGCUACGUACGAGAGGAUGUUCCGCUGGCUCGUCAUGAGGAUCAACAAAGCUCUGGACAAAACCAAGAGGCAGGGGGCGUCCUUCAUCGGCAUCCUGGACAUCGCCGGCUUCGAGAUCUUUGAGCUGAACUCCUUCGAGCAGCUGUGCAUCAACUACACCAACGAGAAGCUGCAGCAGCUGUUCAACCACACCAUGUUCAUCCUGGAGCAGGAGGAGUACCAGAGGGAGGGCAUCGAGUGGAGCUUCAUCGACUUCGGCCUGGACCUGCAGCCCUGCAUCGACCUCAUCGAGAAACCAGCCAGCCCCCCCGGUAUCCUCGCUCUUCUGGACGAGGAGUGCUGGUUCCCCAAAGCCACCGACAAGAGCUUUGUGGAGAAGGUUCUCCAGGAGCAGGGCACACACCCCAAGUUCUUCAAACCAAAGAAACUGAAGGAUGAAGCCGACUUCUGCGUCAUCCAUUACGCCGGAAAGGUGGACUACAAGGCUGACGAGUGGCUGAUGAAGAACAUGGACCCUCUGAAUGACAACGUGGCUUCUCUGCUCAACCAGUCCACCGACAAGUUUGUCUCUGAGCUCUGGAAGGACGUGGACCGCAUCGUGGGUCUGGAUAAAGUCUCUAUGGCCGAUAUGCCCGGUGCCUUCAAGACCCGUAAAGGCAUGUUCCGCACAGUCGGCCAGCUGUACAAAGAGCAGCUGUCCAAACUCAUGGCCACUCUGAGGAACACCAACCCCAACUUUGUCCGCUGCAUCAUCCCCAACCACGAGAAGAAGGCCGGUAAACUGGAACCUUUUCUGGUUCUGGACCAGCUGAGGUGCAAUGGAGUUCUGGAGGGGAUCCGUAUCUGCAGACAGGGCUUCCCCAACCGCAUCGUCUUCCAGGAGUUCAGACAGAGGUAUGAAAUCCUCACUCCCAACUCCAUCCCCAAGGGCUUCAUGGAUGGAAAGCAGGCCUGUGUGCUCAUGAUCAAGAGCCUGGAGCUGGACCCCAACCUGUACCGGAUCGGUCAGAGCAAAGUGUUCUUCAGAGCCGGAGUCCUGGCUCACCUGGAGGAGGAGCGAGACAUGAAGAUCACCGACAUCAUCAUCAGCUUCCAGGCCUGGUGCCGAGGAUACGUGGCCCGCAAGGCUUUCGCCAAGAGACAGCAGCAGCUGACGGCCAUGAAGGUGAUCCAGAGGAACUGCGCCGCGUAUCUGAAGCUCAGGAACUGGCAGUGGUGGAGACUCUUCACCAAGGUGAAGCCUCUGCUGCAGGUGAGCCGGCAGGAGGAGGAGAUGUCGGCGAAGGACGACGAGCUGCUGAAGGCGCAGGAGAAGCACCUGUACGCUGAGGUGCAGAUCCGCGAGAUGGAGGAGAAACAGCACCAGCUGGGUGCGGAGAAGAUGGCUCUGCAGGAGCAGCUCCAGGCGGAGACGGAGCUCUGCGCCGAGGCUGAGGAGAUGAGAGCGCGUCUGGCUGCGAGGAAGCAGGAGCUGGAGGAGAUCCUUCAUGACCUGGAGGCCCGCGUGGAGGAAGAGGAGGAGCGCGCCGCCCAGCUGUCUGGGGAGAGGAAGAAGAUGCAGCAAAACAUCGGGGACUUGGAGCAGCAGCUGGACGAGGAGGAAGGAGCCAGGCAGAAGCUUCAGCUGGAGAAGGUCACUCUGGAGUCCAAGAUGAAGAAGGUGGAGGAGGACGUCAUGUUGCUGGACGACCAGAACACCAAGUUGAACAAGGAGAAGAAGUCGCUGGAGGAGAGGAUCUCCGAAUACACCACCAACCUGACGGAGGAGGAGGAGAAAUCCAAGAGUCUCCAGAAACUCAAGACCAAACACGAGGCCAUGAUCACAGACCUGGAGGGUGAGAGGAGAAACAAACACUUGCAUGACAGACAUUCUACAUUUUAUGUGUUU